ACGUAAUCUGUUAGAUCGUGGAAUUAACUUCUAACGUUUUCAACACUUGAUCGUGGAAUUAUUCCAAAAGAGAUGUACUUCGGUUUCUCAUUGGUUGUAUGAAAUUUUGCAAGAUAAUUCCAGAGAGAUCUCAAGAAAAUUUUAAGUGCUAAAUGCCUUGUCAGGCACUAGAGAGUCACAGUUCUUGCUCACUCCGUGGGCUGCCGCGUAGGCCUGAUGUGGCCAUGCCCUCCGUGAAGGGUUCACUGACCAGGAAUGCUGAGUACGCAGGGCUGUUUGACGACCAUGACCCCGAGAAGAUCUACGCUGACUUGAGAGAAAUUGGCCAUGGCAGUUUUGGUGCAGUGUACUAUGCUAGAAAUGUCAGAACAAAUGAAGUUGUUGCAAUUAAGAAGAUGUCAUAUAGUGGAAAACAGUCACAAGAGAAAUGGCAGGACAUAGUCAAAGAAGUGAAAUUUUUAAAGCAAUGUAAUCAUAGAAAUACAAUUAGCUACAAGGCAUGUCAUAUAAAGGAACACACAGCAUGGCUUGUUAUGGAAUAUUGUCUAGGGUCUGCCUCAGACAUUCUAGAAGUACAUAAAAAACCUUUACAAGAGCUAGAGAUUGCUGCAAUUUGUGCAGAUUCUUUACAGGGAUUACAUUAUCUGCAUUCACAUGAGAAAAUUCAUCGUGAUGUCAAAGCUGGAAAUGUACUACUUACAGAAGACGGGACAGUUAAAUUAGCUGACUUUGGCUCCGCUGCUCUCUGUUCACCAGCUAACUCUUUUGUUGGCACGCCAUAUUGGAUGGCCCCUGAAGUAAUUUUAGCAAUGGACGAAGGGCAAUACGAUGGGAAGGUUGAUAUUUGGUCUCUAGGAAUUACAUGUAUAGAACUGGCUGAAAGGAAGCCACCAUUGUUUAAUAUGAAUGCCAUGAGCGCUUUGUACCAUAUCGCACAGAAUGACCCUCCCUCCCUUAGUACGGAUGGAUGGUCCCAAGAUUUUAUCAAAUUUGUACAGUUAUGCCUACAGAAACACCCUCUUGAUAGACCGGACGCUGAACAACUUAUUAAACAUUGUUUUGUAAGCCAAAAAAGACCUCCCAAUAUAAUCAAGGACUUGAUACGUCGGACAAAGGCUGCUGUCCGUGCACUCGAUAAUAUGAACUACCGCAAGAUGAAGAAGAUGAUUAUGAGUGAGGCCCCGGGGGAUGUAUCUGAGAGUGAGGGAGCUUCUGAUGCCGAUAGCCUGUCACAGUUCAAGGAUGAUGAACAGCAGUCGCCGUAUCUGGUACCUGCGUGCCAGGUUAACUUUGAAGGCCUGGUCAUGAUGGACGGACCUCAUCUCAACGCUUUUGCUCCCUCUCUACUUAGCUACAGGGGUUAUCAUAUUCAGGGUGCAGAUAGUGAUCCUCAUGGCAAUAAGCAGCUAAGUGUUAAGAGCUACACAAGCGGGGUCAGCGUGGAGAGCAGUCAUAACAGCAGCACAGAGAGCCUGCCCGGCACUGAGAGCGAGAGUGACAGGGAAACAGCUACGCCCAGUAGUCCAACCUCAUUCUCACAGCAUGCGCACAAGAUACGCGAAGAGGAUGACCGCUUUGCCACCAUUCGACCACAGAAUGUCAUUGCUCGUCAGCUGCAAGAGCAUCGCAGUGGUGCAGAUCAAAUGCACGACCAGUUACUGGUCUAUAAGCGCAUGCGGCAAAAUCACCAAAGACAGCUUCAGCAGUUGGAGAAUAAGCUCCAGGCAGAGAUGAACGACCAUCGCAGGCAGCUGGACAAAGAGUAUGACCAGAUGGUCCACCAGUUUGAAAAGGAGCUUGACAAGCUGCGGACCCGGCACAAGGCCGAGGUAGAGCAGAAGGUCAAGCAGAUGCAGUCAGAUGAGAAGAAGCUGCUGCGGCAUAUCCGUGACCAGCAGGAAAACGAGAUGAAGGUAUUCAGCUCAAAGCAAAAAGCGGAGUACAAGGCGGCCAAGCUGCAAUUCAAGAGGGACCAGGCCAAUCGAUCUCUCUACCAAGGCCGAAAAGACAAUUUUAGCGCCACUCAGUCUCGCAUUCUCCAGCAAAAAGUACAGAGUCAUAAGGAGUACUUGCGUUUGGAGCUGCGGAAGUUUAGACGGGAUCAACUGGUGCAAAGACACGCCCUGGAAAAAGCACUUAUUGCAGAGGAAAUGAAUAAAUUGGAAGCUCAGAAGGAGCAGUCACACCAGAUGCUUAUUCGGCAUCACGAGUGCACACAGGAGCUGGAGUUCAAGCACCUAGCGGCACUACACAAGCUGCGCCGUGAGCAGCAACAGCACCAACACCAGACCGAGUGGACCAACCAGAUGGAGUACAACAAACAGGCCGAGCUAGAACUGAGGAAGAAGCACUUAUCGGAGCUCAAGCAACAGCCCAAGACGCUGAAGCAACACGAAAUUCGUAUCAAGAAACAGUACCGCGACGCUAUCCGCAUCCAGACGCUUCAAUACAAAGCAUUACAGAAACAGAUACUGGAGCGCACUCCGCGUGACCAGCACAAGGAUAUGAUCAAACAGUUCCGCGAGGAUCGUAUGCGAAAGAUGGCUGACCUGGCGGUACAGUACGACCAAAGCAUAGCAGAGAUGCUUCAACGGCAAACGCUGCGGCUGGACGAGGUACAGCUCAAGGAGCAAGAGGAGUUCCGGCAGAAGCUCCAGGGAGAGCAGGAGCUCUUGAGCGCAUACCAGAGCAAGCAGGCGAUGCAACUCAAGGCGCAGCACGAACGAGAGGAGAAAGAGCUACAGGACAAAGUGUCGGUACGGAGAGCCCUGCUGGAAGAAAAGAUGAUGCAAGAAACCGAAAGAUUACGAGAAAUGCGUGAACAAAAACAAGCUAUCCUUCAAAGCCGUCAGGAGCGUGAACUUGAAGACUUCGACAGUAACGCGGACAUAGAAACGCUAUCUACGGCCUCGUGGAAGCAGCGUAGUGUAACAAGUAUGAGUAGCCUUAGCAACUUGAGCACGGAGAGCACGACGAGCAGUCGUGGAAGCACGCAAAGUAGGCCUUCCGAGAACAACGGCACCCUUCUCCAGCAGUCUUCAUGAAGUGACAGAGGGAGUACUUCCAUAAUGCCUUGUGCACACCACUGACAUAACGACAUAACAACUUAGGCGCUUGCACUCUUUUAAGCCCGACAUAACGACGUGGACAUAAUGACAUAAAAGAAAAAAAAAACACAUAUUUUUUCUGUUAUGUCGUUAUGUUCAUUACGUUAUGUUGGGCUUAUGUCAAAACCAUUCACACUUGAACAUAUGAACAUAAGGGUGCACGCGCCUAUGACAUAAAUGUCGUUAUGUCACUAGUGUGCACCAGGCAUAAGGGGUGUGCGACAUUCAUCAAUACACUUAUGGACCCCUGAAUAGUUCACAGGGUUAUACCGUCUGAAGUGACAGGGUGCUACUUCUAUAGCGGAGUGUUGAACAUAAACUGCUAUCCGCAUAUAGCUUCCUUUAGGGCCCCUUGAUGAUCCAACGGGUAACUCGGUCGGAAUUGUGGGUUUUUAUCAAAGAUAAUAGGGUGGGUUAUGAUAAUCCCUCGGUCAUUCUAAUGCCAGUCGGGCUGUCUCUCUUUUCGACGUAACAUUUGUAUAUUUGUAAGUCUCGAAAUUUGGUGUUAGACCAGAGGAAAAAAGUAAUUAUAUAACUCUGAACGAGUUGAACCAAUUUGAAUUUUCUUUGAUGAACACAGUAGGGUUUAAUCAAAGCAAUCGUUCCCCAAGACACCUCAAAUGUUUUAUAGCAAUUAUUGUAUUAUCAUUUAUAAGCUCGGGCCGACACCUCUUUCUUGCUGUGUUGUAAGUGUGCGUGGUAGGCUUUGUCCUGCUUUUUUUUUGGAAUUGUCACGUGAUCUGUCACACAAUGGCAUCGGAAAGCUUAGUGUUUUGAAGGAAUAGAGCGUAGUUUUUAAACAAUUAGUUUUUUAAAGGUUUUGUCUCGGGGCUGGUUAAGGGAUUUCAUCUAAAGGAAAGCAACAUCAUGCUCAAAAAACUAGUGGUCUUUGCGACCGAUUCUCGAAGUUUUCUACCUCAAAAACAACCAAGGCCUGGUUCCUAGAAAGCAGGUUAGCGUUAACCCAGGGAUUAGUAUGGCUAUCGGGGCAUUUGAUUGAGUAAGAACCUGAUUAAACCCUUGAUAAGCAUUAACUUGCUUUCUAGGAACCAGGCCCUUAGAAUUUAGCUGGAUCAUCGGGCAUAGGAGACAGGUUCUCAUGCUUUUGGAUUCAGUGCUUUCUUUAUUCAACCUUUGGUGAGCGCCCGCAAAGACCGCUGGGACCCUGGAUCCGGCAAAGAUCACGUGACAAUGCCUCCCUUGGCACACUACGCACAAUACGAACACAGCAAGCCCUUCACUACUACAAGCUUCAAAUUAUUAUAAUCACAGUCUCGUAAAAUGUCCUCUUCCUAUGGAACGAGGCUAGCCCGUAGAUCGGUGACCCCCUAUUUUUCUAGUAAGUUAGACAAGUGAUCCCUUGUCUCCAAGCGGGGCAUUUUUAAUCAAAUUAUGUUCUUAGUUGCAUUUUGUUAUUCUUUGAAAAGAAUUAGACAGUACUUGCAA